AUCGAUAUUUAAAUUAUUAAUUAAGUGAUUUGAAAUUUAAAUCUCCUCCGCCGGCCGGCCGGGAAGCUAAGGGGCGCGCUGCCUCUUACCACACACGUACUUGGUUUGAUUUUAUCGCAUUAUAAUGGCGAGUGAUUCCGGUGAUGGUUCGAGGAAAUGCUGCUGCUUUCUGAUAAUUGUUCUUAUGAGUAUAAUUGUGGGGGUCAUUCUUGUGGCCUGUAACAGACACUCGUCGCCCUCCGGCGGCUCGAAACCGAAUUACCACGUCGUGGAUGCGAACAUGACAAACAUCGCUUAUAGUGGCGACGGCCUCACCGCCGACUUCAGGUUCACCCUCGCAGCCUCCAACCCCAACAAACACAAAACAGUUGACUUCACGAACUCCACAGAAGCAACAUCACUCUAUUUCAUUACGGCGGUGGUUGCGUCGUCCACCGCGCUGCCCGUCCCAUCCCCGCUGCAUCCAGGGAGCUCCGACAAUCUGUUCGGCUUCGAUCUCCACGCACAAGAUGCGCCUCUCAACGCCCACAACUCCGGAUUCAUGCGCCUAGAGGUGAAGUUAAUGGUCAGGUUGGAUGAAAAGUCAAAGUAUAGCCCUCUUAAGGUGAUAUGUCCUCGUCUCAAGUUCUCUUCCCAUGGUUUUGCGAACACCGAGGACCAAACGUGCGUCUCUGACUAGGGGGACUAGGUUCGUUGACCAUGGUCUAGCUCCAUAUACAAUUGAUUGAGAUCAUUUUUCAAACUUUUUUUGAACUUGUUUCAUUAGAAUCAUUUUAGAGACAAUGAAAUUAUAUUCAUGCUUGAGUUCCACAUUUUUAACCCUUUCAUCUCCAAGAGGUUGUCAAUUUUCAAGACUUAUUCAAUUCCUCGGGUACACUCAC